GACCUAACUAACAUGAAACAUACUUCACACACCCCGUCCAAGUUGCUGCACAGUGCAUACUCUUCGCAGUACCCUUGCCUGCCUUCUUGGAAGCCUCGAGCUUGUCUGCACUUCUCCAUCAUCCCCCUCCUCUGAUUUCCCGUCAAAAUAAACCCAAACGUCCCGCAAUCAAACCAGAAGCAAAGCUUUGACCCGCAGGAAUCAUUAAAAAAGAAAAAAAAAAAAACAUUUUUUUUUUCCGGCGCCUUUCUAUUCCUUUCUAAACCAAUAAAGGAGGCUUCUUUCCCAAUCCCUAGAAAACGAAUCUCCAUCUCCCUCUCUCUGUUCGUCUCAAUGGGAGGUAUAUUGUCAUGCUUCCAUGAACCGGAGUCUCCCAAGCGUCCGGCUGUGCGGCGAAAGAAGCCCGGCGCUCAGCAAGAUGCCAUUUUUACGGCGACGGUAGGAUCGAGCAGGAGAUGGGAGAAAGGGAGGGCGAUGAGGUCGGCGGAGGAGUCUCUGAUUCAAGAGGCGGCGGCUCUGCUGCUAUUGCAGCAGCAGCAGAACGGCGGCGGAGAAGCGGCGAUCGGUUUCGACAGGUCCACUUCGCUGAGGUAUCCAGGUUUGGGGACGAAGAAGCAACAGGGUGGGUUGCCGAGGAGUUCGAGCUCCAGGCCGAGGUCCAUCGCCGACCCUGUUGUUGCGCCGCAGCAGCUUGUGAAUCAGAAAGCAAAAAUAGAAGAUUUAGAAACUAGCCAUUUUGUUCUGGUUCAUGGAGGUGGCUUUGGGGCAUGGUGUUGGUACAAAACUAUAGCGUUACUGCAGGAUGCUGGAUUCAAAGUCAAUGCAAUAGACCUUACUGGUUCUGGGAUUCAUUCUUUUGACCCAAACAAAAUUACAAGUCUUUCCCAAUAUGUAAAACCAUUGACAAGUUUCCUUGAAAACCUCGGCGAUACAGACAAGGUGAUAUUGGUCGGCCAUGAUUUCGGCGGCGCUUGCAUAUCUUACGCCAUGGAAGCUCUCCCAACUAAGAUUGCUAAAGCUGUUUUUCUAGCUGCAGCUAUGCUGAAAGAUGGGCAAAAUACUCUUGAUAUGUUCUCUCAUCAGCAAGGUAACAGUGAUCUUUUGCGACAAGCUCAAAUAUUUCUAUACGCAAAUGGAAAAAACCAACCUCCUACAGCUAUCGAACUGGAUAAAUCAUUUUUGAAAGAUCUGCUAUUCAAUCAAAGCCCUGAUAAGGAUGUAGCUCUGGCUUCAGUUUCCCUGAGACCGAUUCCUUUCGCUCCAGUUUUGCAAAAACUCGAGCUCACCGGCACGAACUAUGGUUCGGUCAGGAGAUUUUAUAUCGAGACUGCUGAAGACAAUGCAAUUUCGCUUCCCCUGCAACAGAUCAUGUGUGAAUCUGACCCGCCGGAGAAGAUUUUUCGCCUGAAGGGAUCGGAUCAUUCUCCAUUCUUUUCAAAGCCUCAGGCUCUGCACAAGUUGUUGGUAGAGAUUGCAAACAUUCCUAAUGCUUUAACUCAACAAACCAACAAUGAUGAGUGAUAAAUCUAUGAUUUACAGAGUUCCUAUAAAGUUUUCAGAAGGAUGCUGUAAGUGUAGAUAAACAUAUAGAGAAUCAGUUUUUUACCCUUUACACGUCCAACAGUAUGUUUGUUGAGAUAUUUAUUGACAUAAUGGAAGAGUUCUGUCUUUUGCAUUUCUUCUUUGUCAGCUAAAAA